UCGCGCGAGACCACCACCCAAAUUAACCUUGCGGCCAUCCUUUUCGCCCUCCGCCAUGGGCUGCUCGACGUCCAAGCUUGAGCCAGAGGACCAGCUUGACGUGGCGCCGGCGUCGUCGAAGCCGGCGGCGCCACGGCGCGGCUUCGCCAGCGACCUCUUCGGCCGCGCCAGGAGGAGCAACAACGUCAGCAAGAGCAGCGGCACCGACGUCGCCGCCGGCGACCAUCCGCAGAAGCAGCAACAGAAACAGCAGGAGGAGGGGCAGCCGCGGCAGCAAGCAACGAAGAAGGGCGGCGCCGGCGGUGCCACCGGGCGCGAGCUGGCGCGGUCGCCGGGGUCGCCGAGCUUCCGGUACUACUGCGAGAACGCCGCCGGCGCCGCCGCCUUCGCUGAGCCCAAGAAGGAGCGGCGGUAGGGACGCGUGCAUGCGCCGCCGCCGCGCGCGGCACACGUCGUACCGAUGCAAAUCGAGACGAGCUCCUGGAGUUCCCUUUUCAUGCAUGGUGAGUUGAUUCUUGAUUGUUCUGGUGUUCUGCAGGUGAAGAUUAAUUUCGACUCAGUCUGAUGUCUGUAUUUUACACCGUCUUUGAUCGUGCUGAAACAUACAUGAUCAAUUAAUUUUUUGAUCACUCAUACUAUUGUUACUGUUUAUUUUACAUCAGUACAGGCAUUGCAAAAGCACAAAUUAGGCGAUAAAUUCACGUUCUUUCUCGCCUGUGUCCAUGGACCAAAGAUUCAAAGGCAACGCAAAGAUGAUCGAAGAAGAACGAAGUUGUACAAAUAUCUCAAGGAGAUGUUCAAUGGACACAGGCGAGAAAAUGACAAAUUUGGUAUGUUACACACAUCCAACGAUCAGUUAAUGUAACACAAAAAACAAUCAACACACGAUCCUCAUGUUACACAUAGUUCGGGCUAAAUUUGUUUGUGUGUAUACACAAUUGUUUGAA